AUGUAUUGGUCAAGAUCUUUAUUAUUAUACAAAACCUCCUUAUUAAUUAGCCUUUUCACUACGUUUGUAUUAUCAUGUUCUCCAGAAGUCAAUAAUGGGGAUGUUUUUUCAAUAAAUCAAUCAAAUACCAAUACUCGAUUGCAACUAAAUCCUCGUGAUGCAAACCCGGGUACUACUAUCUAUACAGUAAAUUCUAAUAUUAUUAAACCGCUUUCUUAUGAAAUUUUUCUGUUAACACAACCUAUACCUGGUUUUUAUGAGUUUCGACCGUUUGAAGACUUUUACCGAACACUUGUUAUUGAAAUGGAAAACCCAGUUCUUUUUAUGAAUUAUUUUGUAUUAAAUCAUAAUGCUAAUUCAGAUAAUCAAAGAUUUAGUAUCAAUUGUGCUAAAUGUAAUAUCCAAUCAAAUUCUACUGAUUGGGCAAUAUAUCAUACUUCAUGUUCGAUAACGAAUAAAUCAUCUAACCUUUGUAUGAACAGUGAAGGUCCUAAUAAUACUUUGGCGCGUUCUAGUUGUGAAUAUGCGACAAAAUGGGAUCUUUGGGGGAGAGCAUCAAUUGAUUCUGCAUGUUCGAGUUCAACUGGUUCUGCAUGUUCGUGUCCAACUGAUUCUGCAGUUUUGAGUCCAACUGAUUCUGCAGGUGGAUUUGUAGCAACAGUUCUUGGAUCUAUCUUUGGAACAGGUCUUAUUACUCUCGCGACCAGUUAUUGGUUUAUCCAACGUAAAAGAAUUUAUCCUGGUCAUGCAUUAAAUACAUAG